AUGGGAUACAUGGUGCGAAAGCGGCUGGGAAGUCAACUGGCCUCAGCUGAUGUUCACAACUACCGGAUCCUCCUGAACAUGCGCUACGUGUUCUUCAGGAAUCUCAACAUCAGCAAAACUGACGAGCUGCUCCCCGGCUUCGAACCGAUCUCCGGAUCGCGGAUGAACCUGGCUUCCUCCAGCUUCACCCGGUUUAUGCAGCUCAAUGGCUUUGCGGACGUGCUGGGCCGGGACAGCCAAGGCUGGACGCCCAUGUGCUAUGCCGCGCUGAUGGGAAGCCCUGCGGUAAUCGAGGGGCUGCUGGAGCUCCGGGCCAACCCGAAUGAUCGCAUCGGACAUGAUCGUUCCGACCUGCACAUGGCGAAGAACACGCCUGUUCUUUCGGUGGCUCUUUUUCUUCGGCAUACAGAGGCGGCGAAGGUGCUCAUCGAGGGCCGCGCGGACAUGUCUGCGCGCGACGUCAAGGGCAUCACGCCCGUCCACCAUGCCUCUGCUGGGAACAAUGACUCAGGGCUCCAUCUCCUCGCCGCCAAGCGCUGCGAUGUGACCGCUCGUGACGGCCUGGGAUACCAGGCCUUCCAACCCGCCUGUGCCUGGGGCUCGGAGGAG